AUGCCAUCAGAGAUGGAAUUGUUGGUGGCGCGCGAGCGCUGCGUACCUACGGCCGCGGCGCUCGGCGCGUGCCACGUGUGCGUGUGUCGUGCGGACGGCGUGUAUUACUGCCGCGCACGCGCGUGCAAGGAGGCCAAUGUGACUAUUGAUACCAUCCAACCAGGAAAAAGAGAAUGUUUUCCGAACCAUUCUUACAGAGAAGAUGCAUUGUUCUGCUCAUGCAGCGAAGAUGGCCUCUGGGUGUCCCACAACUGCCGUCAAAAAUUCGGAACUAUCACACCAAAUUCCAUCCACCCUAGACACAAGCUGAAAACCAAUAUAAAAUGCACACCAAACUCCUUAUACCUCCUCGAUUGUAAUGUCUGUGAGUGUGGACCAAAUGGUGUCAUUGAAAUGUCUCUCUGCACGAACAGAAAAUGUCACAGAGGACGUAAAGUGGAAGCCUGCAGUUAUGGAGACGUCUUACGCAUAAACGAUGAAAUCUGCUUCUGCAGCGAUAUCAAUUUGUACAUCGAUCGCCUUUGCCUCAAAGUAGAAGACACAGCCGUCCAAGAAAUAAACAGAACAGACUUAGAACGUAUCAUUGACAUUGGAAAAUCCUGGACAAGGACCAACGAGAUCCAUUUAACAGCUUGCGUUCCAGGUUCAGUUUUAAUAUACGAUUGCAACCGCUGCUUCUGUACUGCAGCAGAAGUGUGGGGCUGUACUAUGAAGGGAUGUCUGGCUCCGAAGAUAUUGAGGUCAGACAACAAGAAGAAUGAUUUCUACUCGCUACCUACUUUGAAGAAUGAGAAAGAGAAGUGUGAGCCUGGGCAGCAGUAUCGAAUUAAGUGUAACAGCUGCAUUUGUUCGAAGAAGAACCGUCCGAUUUGCACUACGAUGCUUUGCAUGGAGGAUAUAGUGGUGGAUAAGAAGGCAUUGGAGGCUGCCUACCGGGAAGGCCCUAACUUUAACCCUUCUCGGAGCAUCCACGGCGAAUUACCGCCAUUGCCUGAUGGUGACUGCGAAGCAGGCAAAAUGUACAAAAAGGACUGCAACACUUGCCGCUGUGGAAUGAACAAUUCUGUGAUUUGCACGAAAAUGUCUUGCCUGACCAAAAAAGACAUGGACCGAGUGAAGCAGAUGGUGGUGAAGCAGAAACUCAAGGAAAAGGAAGAAGAAAAGAAGAAUAGUAACAAUAAAAUAAGGAAAGUAAGGAUAGUGGCCGAGGCGCCGAUCAGGGACUGUGUCCCAGGGAAGAUGUAUCAGAGGAAUUGCAGGGGUUGCUACUGCGAUUACAAUAAAAAUAUUGUGUGUGUCAGAGAAGCGAAAUUCUGUAGUAGAAACUACUACCCAGAUUCACCAGACGACAUGCGUCCCAAACUCAGCAGGGCAGAGUUGGACGCGCUCCCCACGCUGGGACAUAUCUCCGAGAAGUGCACGCCUGGCAAAGCUUACAAGGUGGACUGCAACUCCUGCGUCUGCAUGAUAAACUACAGCCUGAUGUGCGAUAAGAUGCUGUGUCUGAGCUAUGAUGAUAUGCACAGAUUGAAGGCUGAAAAGGCUUCAAAUAAAAACUGCACUAAGGGUGCACCAGUAAAACCACCAGGGGAAUGUAUUCAGUGCUCUUGUUCGGACCAGGGGAAGGUCAUAUGCCAGGAGAUACACGGCUGUCUGUCUGAGGACGACAAAAAAAUAUAUGAUAAAUUAGACAAGAAAAAACCGAAGGUGGCGCUAACUAUGAGUACUAAGGAGAAAUGCGUCGCGGGAGCCAUUUAUAAACGUCACUGCAACCGCUGCUACUGUCAGCCGGGCGGUUCCAUGCGAUGCACGCAGAAGACAUGCCUCAACUACGCUCAAUCCCUAAAAAUCCAAAAACAGCGGCUGUACUUGCAGAGACAUGGACUUUAAACACUUUAAUUUGACAAUAAAGAAAAUCAGACUUAGUUAACAAUGGCUAGUAAUGGGAUACGAUUGUUAGUUUUAAUGAAAGCAAAUGUAAUGUCGUCAACUAAUAUUAUGUGAUGACUAAAAUU